AUUUUUUUACGAUUUCAUGUUUUCUGUCAAGUCAGUAAAAUGAUCGACUUGGAUAAUAAAGUUGCUUUAAUUACUGGUGCUAGUGACGGGAUUGGAGCUGCAACUGCUUUACUAUUUUCGUCUUUAGGUGCUAAAGUGGCCAUCGUUGGACUUGAACAGGAUGAUUUGGAUAAAGUAGCUUCUGAGUGCGAAGCCAAUUCACCUCAUAACUACAAGCCAGUUACUAUUAAAGCUGAUUUCAUGAACGAUGACGAUAUUAAACGCACCUUUGAGGAGACAAUUAAUGCUUACAGUCGAUUGGACAUUCUUGUCAAUAAUGCUGGUGUGAUUAAUAAGAAAAGGUUUGGUGACUCUGACAUAGUGGUCGAUUAUGAUCGAGUUAUGCAAGUGAAUAUUCGAACUGCAAUCAUCUUAACAGACUUGGCUAAACCAUAUUUGAUUGAAUCCAAAGGAGCCAUUGUCAAUAUAUCGAGUGUUAAUAGCUUCAAAGCGACUGAUGUUCAUUGGGCAUAUUGCAUAUCCAAAGCUGCUGUGAAUAUGUUUACUCAAGCCAUGGCCAGUCUCUUGGCUCCUGAUGUUCGGGUAAAUGCAAUCGCUCCUGGACCAGUUAAGACUGGCAUAAUCAAGAGUAUGGGUGAUCCUGAUAAGAUUUGGGAUGCAUUGGCUCAAAAAAUGGCACUGAAACGAGUUGCCGAACCGAUUGAAAUGGCACGACUAGUCGCACUACUUGCAUCUGAUGCUGCAAAAAACAUGACUGGCACAAUAAUAACAUCGGACUCUGGAUAUCUUCUAGGUGAUCCUUACCGUUGAUAUUGAAUCUAAGUAUAAUAAAUCUUUGUUUUCAUAAUCAAAGUAAAUCAUUCCAAAAGUUAUUUCCUGAAUAUCAUUUUUUUGUUCGAAGGAUGGUGAAAAGAUUCCAUUUAUUUACUCUUUCUGACUUCUAACUACUCUUGUAACGCAGAUUAUAUUGAGUGUAUUAUCCGUCUCAGGUCAAGUCAAUUGUUUGAGGAUAACCAUCAAUGAAUCACUUCAAUUGUUAUUUUGUGUUAUUAUUGACGCAUUAACAGGUCAGUUCAAUUUUUUACACGAAACAUCAAUGAUAAACACACGAAAUCGAUUAAAAAUAUUAAGAUUUAA